AAGGGGGCAGGCAGCCAAAUCAUAAAAAACAUUGAGGAUACAAGCUAAGUUAUAAUAAAGGAAAGUUUUAGCUAAUUCUAAUUACUAGUAAUUAUCAUCAUAAUUACUAGUAAUUAAUAGAAAUCCUAUAAUUAGUAAGUAUGGGGAGAUCUCCUUGUUGUGAUGAAACUGGGCUUAAGAAAGGGCCAUGGACUCCUGAGGAAGAUGAGAAACUUGUUAAGUUUAUUCAGGAUCAUGGCCAUGGCAGUUGGAGAGCUCUCCCUAAACUUGCAGGUUUGAACAGAUGUGGAAAGAGCUGCAGGUUAAGAUGGACUAAUUAUCUAAGGCCUGAUAUCAAAAGAGGCAAAUUUACUCCUGAGGAAGAACAAACCAUUCUAAAUCUCCAUGCUAUUUUGGGUAACAAAUGGUCAGCAAUUGCAAAUCAUUUACCCGGAAGAACAGACAAUGAGAUUAAGAACUUUUGGAACACACACUUGAAGAAGAAGCUUAUUCAAAUGGGUUUUGACCCGAUGACCCACCGACCUCGAACCGACAUUUUUUCAAGCUUACCGCACCUAAUUGCCUUAGCAAACCUUAAGGAUUUAAUAGAAAACAAUUCAUGGGAUGAACAAGCAGUAAGAUUACAAACUGAAGUGGCUAAGCUUCAAUUUUUACAACACCUUUUUCAGCCUCCUAAUAAUUAUUCCAUGCCUAAUUUAGACAUGGAAUCCCUCAAUAUUUUAAAUUCCCUUCCUUCUCCAUUUUUUACUAACGAUAAUAAUCAUAAUCAUAAUAAUCCCAUUACAAACAUACCGGGUUUGAAUAAUCCAAAUACAUUUGAAGGUAUCCAUGAGCACUUACCGGAUCUUAAAACCCUAGAAAUACCACCUAAUUUGAUUAGCAAAGAUAACAAUAUUAAUACUUCAAUUAGUGUGGUUAAUCUUGAUCAAGUGGUGUAUAAUCAUCAACCUUGUGAAUAUACAAUUUUAAGCCUAGGUGAAAAUUCACCAACUUCUCCUUGGAUUUCUUCUAGCAUACAAUCUCCGCCACCAGUAAAUGUCUCCGGCUCGGCCACCACCUCGGCUCCACCAAUUGAUGGUUGCAGUAAUACUUCUGCUACUGCUAGUAGCUUCAGCUGGCCUGAUCAUCUUAUUCUUGAAGAUUCAUUGUUUCAUGAUAUUCCUUAGUCUUUUAUUCUUAGAAAAUAUGAUUUCUUUUAUUGAGCAUUUUUAUAUCUGUAUAAUUUAACGGUAUGUACUAUUUGCACCCUUAUUUCCUUUCUGCGGUGUAUAACAUUACUAUAUGUACGUAUAAAUACUGUUUUGAAACCAUAUAUGAUUAUCUUAUA